AUGAGAGAGCUGCCCCCUACUGGUAGUGUAGAAACCACAAUGAAAGUUGCACCAUACCCCCAUCCAAACUACCCCAAUGUUACUCUGUGGGAUCUUCCUGGUGUUGGAACCACCAAGUUUCCAGCUGACAAAUACCUGGAGCAUGUUGGAUUUGAGAAGUUCGACAUCUUCAUCAUCAUCUCAGACACUCGCUUCAGAGAGAAUGAUGAGAAACUCGCAUUCAUACACCGCACAACAUCAGGAGCAGUUUGGGGUUCAAAAAAACACCCCAGGGAGCCGGAUGACUUCAGACCAGUAGUACUGACGUCACACAUAAUGAGGACCUUCGAGCGGUUGAUUCUCCAUGUCCUCAGACCCCAGGUCCACCACACACAAGAUCCAUUGCAGUUUGGAUACCAGGAGAAGGUGGGCGUGGAGGAUGCCAUCCUCUAUCUGCUCCAUAGGGCCUACUCUCAUCUGGACAAGGAGAGCGGCGCUGAGUCUCCUCAAGUCUUCCUGGUGUCCAGCUUUGAGCUCCACCUGUAUGAUUUCCAUCUGUUAGAGGAGACCCUAGAGAGAGAACUUCCUGCACACAAGAGGAAUGCUCUGCUGUUGGCCAUGCUCAACAUCAACCUGGAGAUCAUCAACAAGAAGAAAGAGGCUUUACAGGCCAAAAUAAAGUACCAUGCCUCUGUAUCUGCACUCAUAGCAUCUGCCCCAGUUGCUGGGCUUUCUUUUGCUACUGAUGUAACCAUUCUGGCUGAAACCAUCAGAAUGUACCAAGUUACUUUUGGUCUUGAUUGUGAGUCACUUGAGAAUCUUGCUCGUACAGCUCGUGUGCCUUUGAAUGAUCUUAAAGAAGUGAUGACAUCACCACUGGCUGCAAAGGAAAUAAGCAAAGAUCUUGUUAUUAAGCUACUAUGUUUGUCUGCAGGUGAAGCUGCAUUAAUGGCAGCAGAGGAAGGGUCCAGAUUUAUUCCAUUAAUUGGAAUCCCACUAGCGAUGACCUUCUCUUUCAUCUCCACGUACAGAGCUCUCAGUACUUUCCUCAACAUGCUUGCUGAGGAUGCACACAGGGUGUUCACAAAGGCUCUGGGUUUGAACACCUCAUUGUGAUAUCAUAAUAAUUAAAACUGUUAGCGUUGUAUGCAAAUGAGCUUCUGCAUUAUUUUUAUGAUGCUUACUGUCUAAAUACUGUUUUCUUCUGAUUGAAAGGAAGGCUUUUGAAAUCAAAAUAAAUAUGUUCAUUGAAAUUAACUGAUAUGAGCUAAGUUGUAAUUACAUUACAUUUUUUCACAAAUGAAUUCCCCAUGUCAUAAAUGUUCUUGUUCCUUCAGUCCCAUCUACAGACAUGGACAUACAGUAUGUUGUCUUUACAUUCAGUCCUCAGUGACAUGUACACUUGAAUGAUUAUUAAAUAUCUGUUCUCAUGAAUGUAAUUAAUUCUUCCACACGUAGUGGAUUGGGACCAAAUCUACCUUUGGAUACAAAUAAAGUAACCUAAACUGGUU